AUUUCCGUUUGUCUAUAAGCUUCAUGUCUUUUUUUCUAGCGUGUCCUUUCCUUUCGGCUAAUCGCCCUAUGGUCAAUACCUACACCUGCUAAAUAUUUGCACAUUUCGACAGAGUAAAAGGCAAUAUGGAUGAUUUUGACAUGCUCAACUCACCGGCCGCUGGUAACGGCGUCGGCUCAGAUGAGGACCCCGCCGCGGCGUUUUUGGCCCAACAGGAGAGCGAAAUUGCGGGGAUUGAAAACGACGAAGGCUUCAGCAUCCUGGACAGUGGAGACGUCCCUUCGUCGCUGGCGGAUUCCAACGAUGGUGCUGUCAAUGGAGAGUUCCAUGGGGAAAGCAACGGCCCAUCUGACGCCUAUGCAGCAAUUUCCAACGCCGACCGCCUGCAGGCAGAGCCUGAAAGCCUUCGCAAAUGGAGGGAGGAGCAAAGAGAGCGACUGGAGAUGCUUGAUGAUAACUCUCGCAAGCAAGAGUCUGAGUGGAAGACCAAGGCCAAGGUGGAACUUGAGGAAUGGCAUUCCAGGCAAAAUGAGCAACUGGAGAAAACCAAAGCCAAUAACAGGGUGCUCGAUGAAGACUUCUACAAGCAGCCAUUCUCUGAGCUCAUUGGUUAUGUCACACACAUUAACCAUCCUUGCUACCGCCUAGACCAGGCGGCUGAGGAGGCCAUGAUUUCAGACAUGGACGAGAACAACCCAGGCACGGAAUGGGAGCGAGUGGCUCGCCUGUGCGACUUCAACCCAAAGUCCAGCAAGCAGGCCAAAGACGUGUCCCGCAUGCGAUCCGUCCUCAUCUCCCUGAAGCAGUCCCCGCUUGUCCGCUAGGCUGCGGUGCACAUCAUUCAGUAUCACCAUGAAUGCAAACACAACCAACAUCUUGAUGACCCACAUCUGUAUUUGGAAGAAUUAUUCCCCUUCCGUCUAUACCUGUUUUCUGUUGUGGACGGAUAUAGCCAACGAUUUCAAACCACACAGAGUAUUCUUUUCCUGACCGGCCUAGCCUCGGAACAUCAAAUCACUGUUUAGCCACUGAAUAUUUUUUUCAAUGGCGUGUCCUCCGACCAAUCAAAUGCAAGUCCAUCAAGCCAGCAGAUGGUACCAGUCCCAUCAUACCAUGCUGUAAUCCCCUCAACCUCUUGUAAGAUUUCAUUUAUACCUUCCUUUUUUAAAACCUCACAUCAAUGUGAUCUGAUUAUUUUUCUGUUUAAGGACCAAAUUAAAAAAAAAAUCAGUAAGUGUAUUUUUAAGUGUCAGUGUAGUGCCUGCUUGUGUUCAAUCUAUGCAUCUCCUUUUGAAAAGCGCCUAGUCUACUGGGAAUAGUCCAUUACAUUACAAUUCAAACAUGUUGAUAGCGCAGUGUGUGUACGUACUUCAUGUUCACCUAUGUACAUAUACAGAAGGCAAUAUAUAAACAGACUUUUAAACCUAUAUGUUAAAAAAAUCUGACUGUUGUGGUUUUGAAGAGAACAAAAUAUACGUCAAGUGUUGUUUGACCAUGCAUGUCCAUUGCCCACUUGUUUCAAUAUCAGUAAACAAUGAUUCAAAACAC